UCUCGUUGUUCAGGUUAAACGGCCGUGAAACAAAGGCGGUCGGAGUCGCACGCGCUUUUUGUGGCGAGCGCGUGUCCACCGGAGUUCUGCUUGGUCCCGCAACCGGACGCUGCGCUUCUUUGUUCUGUUUGUCCCUGGACUUUCCAUGUCUGCGACCCCAUGCACUAAGCGACACGCGUGUAAAAGUUCCGCAGCAAUGCCUGGAGUAAACACGCACACACUAUACGGCUGGGAGAUGGAGCACUACUUUUACGACCAGAUGGACACUGAAGAGGACUUCUUUAAAUCUACAGCCCCUAGCGAGGAUAUAUGGAAGAAAUUCGAGCUGCUUCCCACCCCACCCAUGUCGCCCUCAAGGACGCUGGAUGGAGACUUGUUACUAUCCUUACCAGGAGACCGACUCGGGUGGGCACCACCAAAGGUGAUAACGUGUGACGAUGAGUACGAGGGGCUGCACAAGUUUGACCCAUUGGACAUUUUUGGCAAUCUUGGUUCUAUCGUUAUCAAAGACUGCAUGUGGAGUGGGUUUUCCACGGGUCAGCGGCUGGAAAAAGCACAAGUGACUGCUCAGGUUCAGACAUCUACAUCACAACACCCACAGAAGGGUCUUCGUGCUGCACCGGGCACGCCCGUAAGCGGCACCCAAGCCGCACAGUGCGUGAACCCAGCAGCGGUGCUUGAGCUUCCUGUCCCGCAUAACAGGAAAGUGACUGCAGGGUCGUCUGGUUCUGAGUGCCGUUCAGAUUCAUCUGAUGAUGAGGAUGAGGAGGAAGAUGAUGAUGAGAUUGAUGUGGUGUCCGUGGACAACCGACCAAAGCGCGGUCGCCCUCCAAGCCGUCGGACGCCAGUAACGAUCACAGUGAGUGCCGAUCCAUUUGGACCGUGUCCCAAGCGCUUCCACGUGUCCCUACAUCGGCAACAGCACAAUUACGCUGCCCCUUCUCCCGACACGGACCCAGAGGAUGAUGACUUCGAUGAGGUGGAGUCCACGAGCAAACGGCCACGCCUGGAGCCUCCUUCUCCGCUCUCCUCGCCCGCCACCUCGGAUUCCGAGGACUCCAACGAACAGCGUCGUAACUUUUUGGAAAGAAAGAGGAGAGACGACCUGCGUUCCAGGUUCCAAGCGCUCAGGGAAGAGAUACCAGGACUGUCUGGUUCUUCAAAAACCUCAAAGGUGGCCAUUCUGACUCAGGCGACAGACUACUUGCUAAAGCUGCAUGCCUCUCAGCGACGGCAAGCUCAGGAGAAAAGAAAGUUGAAAGCCAAACAGCAACAGCUUCUCCGCAGGAUCAGUGUAUUGCAGAACUCCUGAACAAAAAACAGCCACUUUAAUUCAAAUCAUCUCAAGGAUUCACAAUGCUUAUUAUGAACUCUAUGGAGAUCUAUAAAUCCACGUUAAUUCUUGCCCUUUUUUAAGGGAUCUGUACAUUUGUGUGUGUGUGUGCGCGCCGAGGUUUGCAUUGCUUUAGACCUUAACUGAGCCGAUGAACUCUGCGAUGAAAAGUGCUCAUGUAACGCUAAUGUAACUUCCAUGGUUUGCAAAGCCAUCGUUGGUGGGUGAUGUGUAUGCAUGUGGGGUGUUUAGGUUAUAAUGUGAUGGGAGUUGGGUUUGUAGGGUAUUGUGUAAGGUGAGCAUGUGUUCAAACACAUUUUGUAUGUUUUUCCCAGUGAGCUUACAGGAGGAAGUCUGAAAUGUCAUGUUCAUAAUGAUCUGUACAAAAUCUGCUGUAAAUACUGUAUUCAGAGGAUGUUCUCCUCCUGUAUCUACUCAUGAACAGCACAGAGAAUCUAUUUUGUUAAUAAAUAAAGCAUCUAUAAAAUGA